AUGACCACUCUCGAUCCAGCCACUGGACGUCCCUUGCCCGAUUCUGCCAUCCAGCGGGUCCUCUUCAUCUGCCCUCGCGUCCAUGUCUACCAGAUCCCACCUCUCACUUCCAACAAGGGCUUCUCUGCCGGAUCAUGGACCGCUCCUCCACGCCCGACUGCCCAGAUGAUCUUCACCGCCCGUCUAAGAAUCAUUGAAACUUCGCUCGCGACUCAAAUAAAGACGGAUAUCGUGCUUGAGGAUCCCAAGACUGGUGAUCUCUUUGCUGCCGCCCCCUACACCUCGCCCGCUGUUGUUGAGCAAGCAAAUGACAGUAGUCGUUUCUUUGCUGUUCGUGUCGUCGGCGAAGGUGGUAUGAAGGCUACCUUAGGUAUGGGCUUCGAAGAGAGACCUGAUGCUUUCGACUUCAGCAUCACCCUGUCAGAAGCCAGGAAACUUCUGGGUCUGGACCAAAAGGCCGCUCCUGGCCAAGCCCUGCCGCAGCAGAUGAACAGAAAGACUGUCGAGGAACCAAAGAAAGACUUCAGCCUCAAGGCAGGAGAGAGCAUUCAUGUCGAGAUUGGUGGUCGUGGAAGGAGACAACAACAAUCAAGCGGUGCAGCCAAAGACGACGGCAGUGCUCUAUUCUCCAUUCAACCUCCGCCGCCGCCUGCUUCCGGAGACGACUUUGCCCUACCUUCCCUCGCCCCUCCACCUUCGGCAGCCCAUGUCAAAGCUGCAUCGAAAAGCCCCUCACCAGCAAGGCCGCCUCCACAAUCCCAGUUCCAGCAGAACCAGAAUCAACCCUCUGCGCAAGAUUUAGGUUUCGACGAUGGCGAAUUUGGCGAGUUCCAAUGA